ACACAUGGAGACAAAUGGGGUGCAGAAGGAGGGUGCACACACACACACACACCAAAUGUGUGAGGAAGUGGAGCAGUGACACGACAUUAGCUCUCAGGUCAGACUGCAAACCCAGCUGAAGCUGCAGCCUGGUCAGCCUUUGCUCUAUUCUGGGACCUUUGACUGCUUCAGAAAGACUCUGGUUGGAGAGGGAGUCUGAGGCUUAUACAGAGGAAUGGCAGCUCCUAUUAUCGGAGUGACACCCAUGUUUGCUGUGUGCUUCUUUGGAUUUGGCUUGGGAAAAAGGCUCCAGCAAAGAAAACCUGACGACAUUUUGACAUAUCCUCAGCUGUUUGCUCCUGGCAUGUUGUCAGGUGUGUUCACAGCAGCAGUCAUGGCUCCAGGAGAGAGAAUCAAGUGCCUUUUACAGAUCCAGGCAGCUACAGGUGAAACUAAAUACAGUGGCUCUUCGGACUGUGCAAAACAGCUGUACCAUGAGGCUGGGAUUCGCUGUGUGUGUACAAGGGGACCGUGCUCACCCUCGAGAGAUGUCCCAGCCAGCGGAAUGUACUUCAUGACAUAUGAGUGGCUGAAGAACAUUCUGACCCCUGAGGGAAAGAGUGUGAAUGACCUCAGUGCAGCAAGGAUCCUCUUUGCUGGGGGCCUGUCUGGGAUCUUCAACUGGGUAGUUGUCAUCCCAGACAUGCUGAAAUCCUGUUUCCAGACUGCUCCUCCAAGAAAAUACCCAAAUGGCUAAGUGCUGAGAGAACUUAUCAGAGAGGAAGGAGUGGCAUCUCUGUAUAAGGGCUUCACAGCUGUAAUGAUAAGGACAGUUCCUGCUAAUGCAGCAUGUUUCCUUGGGUUUGAAGUUGCUAUGAAGUUUCUUAACUGGGUUGCAUCAGGUCUAUGAAGACUAGGAAGUCUCUGGAAAUGCGAGUGGAGGGGAGUGCAAGACUGGAAUAAAUGAAUGAUCACUUGAAGUUUCAGGAAUGAUUGCUUGCCUAAUACCUUUUUGCCUUCCUCACAUUCUUUAGAUGGUGCUAUGUGCCAUUUAGAAACAUAAGCCAUAGCUCUGAAACAGAGUUAAUGAGGACUUAGAGGUGAUUCACCUGUCUUCUGAGCCAAUGUACCACAGCAGUACUGCUGCUAACAGACAGCUAUCAGUAUUACACAAUUACACACGCUACCUUAAGUCCUUCCUCGUGGAGGACUUUUUAAAAUGUAAUUCUUUAUUUACUGAAGAAACAUGUAGCUGUUAAUGCUGAAAAGCUUCCUCAAAACAGUUAACUGG